AUGUUUUAAGCUGAUCAGGCGAAGCUUUGGAAAGCUACAGGGGUUUAUUGAUGGAACAGUGCGGCCAGUGUGUAGGCCAGGAGAAAAUCAGAGAGCCAUUUUUAAUGGACAAAAAAGAAUACAUUCCAUAAAAUUCCAAUCAGGAGGGUUGCCUAAUGGGCUGGUUGGUCAUUUAUAUGGUUCAGUAGAACGAAAGUGUCAUGACAGUGGUAUGCUGACCUCGUCUGGGCUUUUACAGGACCUGCAAAGAUUUUCUAAUUCACCAGUUACUGGUUUACCCAUGUGUGUGUAG